AUGUUGUUGGUGGCACGCGCACAGGUGGUCCUGCUCCUGUUUGGGGCGCUCGCAUCCACCCUCUGCUGCGAUUGGCUGAGACGAUACACGGACAUGAGCGACAAGUGUCUGAUUCUGCUGCGGGACCUGGGCGGUCCUAUCACAGAGGAGGAAUUCCCUCUUCCUUUCCCGAGAAAACUUUACCGGCUGGCAUCGAAGUCUCAGGCGCCGUGCAAACUGGCGUUCGUCCGCGACAGUUUGGGGCACAUUUUGGAUGUUUACCUGCAAGUGGACGCCUCCCGCGUGGGCUGGCACGCGGGCCGCGUGGACGAACUGCUCCACAUCCUGCACAGGCAGAAGGAUGAGCUCAGCGCCUGCAUUUCACCAGCAAAGCCCAGCUGUUUUUCCCCAAAACUGCGGCGCUACUACCGCAGAUUGACCAACGCUACUCUCAACGGCACGGAUAGCAGCGCGCGGUGGGAGCUGAUCCGCAGCGAAACCAAAAUGCACCUGCAGCAGCUGCACCUGUUCGCGGCCGCCAUGUGA